CAGCUUCGUGCGUCUCAAUUGGGAAGCUUUCCUACACAUUAGCCCGUAUAAAGUGUGCAUUCCCCGGCUUCUCUCCCACCGGUUGACCACAUACUCACAGACAGACCCUACACUCGGCCCAGCAUGGAGAUAAACGAGAGCAGGAACAAGAAGGUCAAGCUGAGCGGAAAGCUACGGAACUGGGGGAUGCAGCGGGCGACUAAUGUCACAUAUCAAGCGCACCAUGUCAGCAGGAACAAGAGAGGGCAAGUGGUGGGAGCAAGAAGUGGCUUUCGUGGAUGCACAGUAUGGCUGACAGGUCUUUCUGGUGCUGGGAAGACUACAGUAAGCAUGGCUCUAGAGGAGUACCUAGUAUGCCAUGGCAUCCCCUGUUACACAUUGGAUGGUGAUAACAUCCGCCAUGGACUUAGUAAAAAUCUUGGUUUCUCCCAGGAGGACCGUGAGGAGAACAUCCGUCGUAUUGCUGAAGUUGCCAAGCUGUUUGCAGAUGCUGGCCUUGUGUGCAUUGCCAGUUUCAUAUCACCUUAUGCUAAGGAUCGUAACAACGCCAGGCAAAUCCAUGAGGUUGCAAGCCUUCCGUUUUAUGAAGUGUUUGUAGAUGCCCCGCUGUACAUUUGUGAGCAGCGAGAUGUGAAGGGCCUAUAUAAAAAGGCACGUGCCGGAGAAAUCAAAGGUUUCACUGGGAUUGAUGCUGAGUAUGAAAAGCCUGAAGCCCCAGAGUUGGUGCUGAAAACAGAUUCAUGUGAUGUGAAUGAUUGCAUCCAGCAAGUUGUUGAACUUUUACAAGAAAGGGAUAUUGUGCCAGUGGAUGCAUCCUAUGAGGUCAAGGAGCUAUAUGUGCCAGAAAAUAAGCUCCAGCUGGCAAAGAGUGAUGCAGAGACUUUGCCUACUUUGGAAAUCAAUAAGGUGGAUUUGCAGUGGGUGCAAGUGCUAGCAGAAGGAUGGGCAACACCUUUAAAUGGUUUUAUGAGAGAGAGGGAGUACCUGCAGUGCCUUCAUUUUGACUGUUUAUUGGAUGGAGGAGUCAUCAACCUGUCUGUGCCGAUAGUACUGACGGCUACCAGUGAUGAUAAGCAGAGGCUUGAAGGAUGCACAGCAUUUGCUUUGGUGUAUGAAGGAAAACGUGUUGCCAUUCUACGUCAUCCUGAGUUUUAUGAACACAGGAAGGAAGAGCGUUGCGCUAGGCAAUGGGGAACAACCUGCAAGGACCAUCCAUAUAUUAAGAUGGUGGUGGAGAGAGGGGAAUGGCUGGUAGGAGGAGACUUGCAAGUCCUUGAUCGGAUUUAUUGGAAUGACGGACUGGAUCAGUACAGGCUCACACCUGCUGAACUUAAGCAAAGGUUUAAAGAUAUGAAUGCUGGUAAAAUUAUUUUGUGUUAUCCUUGUUUACGUGUGCUUUAAAAAGAAUUAGACUUUGUUUUUUGUUUUUUUAAACAAGGCUUCAUUAUGCAGUCUCUUUUUAGUCCCAACAGCUGCAUUUGUUGUUUGCUACCUGGCCAUUUGUAGUAAUGAUUCUGCAGUUUCAAGACAGACUACAUUGAGAAUAUUGUAUGGAGGCUUAGUCUAAGGACAUUACUCUACUUCAGGGAAAUAAAUAGCUGAAUAUUAAUAUAGGCCUAUAAUAAGCCUUUCAAAUAGUUGCAUUUGCUUUAAGCAGCCUGAUGGAGUUUGUCAAGACCUUUGGAUGGUAAAGAUACCUAGUUGUCAUUGUGGUUAAAUCUAGUUUUAAAGCAGAACUUGUAAACCCUCAGUACAACUAGAGGCUAACAUUCCCUUUAUGGAAAAUGGAACAGGGUUUGUUUAAUAUAGAUUUUCAGACCUACAUUAUGCAAAAUGUAUGUGUUCCUCGUUCAGUGAUCUGUUAUAACGUAACUGAAGUAAAUCAUACACUUCCUAAUGCUUUCAUUACUUAAAGUUUAGACUGACCUGCACGUUGGAGUGGUAAAAGGCAAGAAAAUCGAAGAUGUUUCUUUUACUUACUAUAAAACUGCUGUCACAGCCCUGUGCCAACCAAAGGGGACAGUAGCAUUUUAAUAUACCUUACAAAGUGAAGAAAGGGUUUUUGUUAAAUAGCUACAUUUUGCAUUCAGUACAAUGUGUCAUUUAAAAUUAUAAAAACAUCUGUAAUUUGUUGAUUUAGAGCAGUGAUUCGCAACAUGUUGCUCUCAGUGCCCUCAAAGUAGGUGUUUGAUUGUAUGAAUUCCUGGCUAGAAAGCACAUUUUAGUUGCAUAAAACCUUGUGUACUGCCAAAAAGAGCCUCCUGUAGACCGCAACUCCUCAUAGGGGCUACCAAUAGCCAAUUACAGCCCAUAUUUUGCAUCACCAAGAACUUGCAUGCUUAUGUUGCUCUCCAACUUAUUUUUAUAUAUGACUGUGGCUCAUGGGUAAAACAAAGUUGUGGACCGCUGAUUUCGCGAAAGGUACAUUUCUUUGUAAGGAGCUAAGGAUAGAUUUUUGCAUUGCUUUAUAAAUUGAAACACAUUUCUGUGUUGUGCCAUAGAAGAACACAGAGAAGUGUUUGUAAUUAUAGAAAUUGUUACUAUGGUUCCAAACAGGAGGUCUAGUUUGUGUUUUUUACCAUUCAGCACUGGCCAAAAUCACAUAUUUUGUCACAUUAAUGCAUGUGCUAAUAACCUGCCAUGUAAUGUGAAGCAAAGGGGAAAGAUUACGUGGCCUAAGUUGAAGUCAUAAGCCAAGAUGUGUUUAAUUGUACCACAUACAGCUGUGGGAUUUAUUAUUUACAAAUCCAUAAUCCUGAAAGCUUCACAAGAUGUUAGUGCCUUUUCCCAAAGAGUCCUGUUUAAAUAAACACGUUUCUUCUUCUUCUUGUCUUAAUAAAACAGCACAUUGUACUGUGCUAAAAUGAACACGUUGAUGGUAGUAAAAUCCUAUUAUUCAAUAAUCUCAUACAAUGAAAAUAGCAAUGUUUUCCAAUCUUUCAAAAUCUUUUUUUAUAGCUAGAGUGCAUAACAAAAGUACCAACUGUUAUUCUAGCAAGUAAAAUUGGACAAGCUUGAAGAUAUUCAAAUUAAAGUUGAUAUUGUUUUUGUUUAAAGUGUACCCAGAUAAACAGUGGAAUAUAUUAAACAACUUGCAGUCUAUUUAGCUUUUGUAUCCAAGAGAGAUAAGUUAAGUACAAGCUUAUGGGUAGCCGCAUAGCCCAGUGCCUGGGGUUGUGAAUGGGCUAGUUUUAGCUAUUUCAGAGGGUCUUUGUGGCUCUUGCAGACUGAGAUUUGUCACCCCUGGUAAAUCUCCUGAAUAUGCUUUUCCCUUUAUUUACAUUUGAAUGUACUCCACAUGUAAAAUACCUAAUUUGUUGCCUUCCGCAUUUUUCAAGCAGAUUACCACAUGCAAAAGUAAGGCAUUUACAGGAGAUUUGUUGCCCAUGGGUAGCACAGAUUUCCUGCAAGUAACCAAUUUCCCCAUGUGUCAUUAAAACUGCAAAAGUAGAACUUAGUUGAGAAUUGUGAAGAGAUGCAAAGACAGUUUUUUUUAUUUUUUAUUUGUGCUAGACAAUAUUUUCUAAUAUUAUGCACUCAAGCUUACUCCUUCCAUGUUGCCAUACCCUAUGUCCUUGAAUUCCCAGUUAGUUGCUAAAGCUGGCAAUUUACUUUCCAAUAAUAUUGUACAAAAGAAGCUGUCUGCUCCUCUUUAAUUCCUGGUGUUCCGAACGUUCACUCUCCCUGCAGAAACAAAAUAAUAGGAAUGGGGCUAUUUUGUGUAUGGCCUCUCGUACCUUCUGCAUUUGCUUGGCCUCUGGAAAGUGAGGCAGAAAGGGUACAUAAUUUGCUUUUCUGUAAGUUUGUUUUGGCAAGCUUCCCUGGAUACCCCAUGUCUAUUAAUAAAUCAGUUGCAAUGUGUUAACAUGUAUUUUUAAAUUACUGGCCUAUUCAUCGGUACUGAACAAUGAGUGGAUAUACAUCAUUAAUAAAGAUUUAUAAUAAUAAUAAUAAUGAAUGCUACUGCUCAAAUAUUUAGGGGUAAAACAUGUUGUGUGUGUAUGUAUGUAUGUAUAUAUAUAUAUAUUAUAUAUAUAAUGUGUUUUAAUUUAGUAUAAGAUGUGUAGUGUCAAAUCAUGAGAGAAAAUGCAUUUUGCAUGCAUAUAUUUUAUUAAUAACUAAUUUUGGCUGAAUAUCAAAAAUAAAAGUGCAAGAAUCCUUA